GAGGCUUCUCUUCGAAGAUGGGCUCAAGACUGCAGAAAUGCAGCUCACCAGCUUGCUCUCCGUCCAAAAGAUGUGUCUUCUGCUCAAGUGUUGCCAAACAGAGAAAGAAAGGGAAGACCAGGGGUAGACCUAGAAAGAAGCAGAAACAGGGAGCUCCCAGCCACUCGGAGCAGGGCCUGACAUCAGAUCCUCCUCACUCUCACUUAUUUUCACCAGCAUCAUCGGCAGUUGUGACAGACAUGACUGCAAACAGUGAAGGCACUAGUGCAUGGGACAAUGCUGACUCUCCUCUGGAGGAUGACAAUGACAUGUUCCCUGCAGACUGGACCCCGCCACGGAUCGAAUUUCUCUACUAUGAUGAUCCCCCACCUUUAAGCCCUGCUCCAAGGCCUGCAUCUGAAUCUCGAAGCUCAGGGGAGAUGCCAGAUAUUACUGAAGAAGCUUUUGGUCCACAGGUUAUGGAAUUUACACCUAAGGUGGCCUCCUCAACUCAGAGCCCCUUGGAAAUCUUCAAGCAGACUGCAGUUACACAUACAAAGAAUGCAACUCUUGGGGAAACUGAAAAGAGGGAGGUGGCAGAUCUGGAACACCUUGAACCUAGUUUCUGCCAAUCGGCAAAUGAAGAGCUAGAAGGAGCCUUGUUUGUGGAUCAAACCAGAGCAAAAAACUGGGCAGCCUUUGGUACAGUAUGUUCUCCUUUACCAUCCCCCAUCCAUUCGUCGACUGCAGCAUCUAGGAUCUCCUCCAGAAACAGCAUUUCUAUGUCCUCCCCUGAUUUUGCAGAGGACCCAGAUAAGCUGGAUCUGGAGUUAGACUUGAUGGGAGAGGUGGAUCAAGAAUAUCCACCUUCCUGUUACCAUCCAUCAGUGGCAACAUCCAGGAUUUCCUCCAGAAGCAGCAUCUCUGCAUCCUCAGAUGAGUUUGCAGGUGACCCAGAGAAGCAGCUGCUUGAUUCAGACGUAGAAAGAGACCUGGGUCUAGAAUCUCCAGCUUCACAACUACCCCUGCAUCCGCUGUUGGCAUCCUCCAAGAUUUCCUCCAGAAGCAGCAUCUCCACAUCCUCUGAUAAGUUUGUGGGUGACUCAAUGAAGAUGAUGCUUGAUUCAAAUGCGAAAAGAGACAUGGGUCUAGAAUCUCCACCUUCCGAACUCUCCACUCAUCCAAUGAUGAUGGCAUCACCCACGGUUUCCUCUAGGAGCAGCAUCUCCAUGUCUUUCAAUAAGCUUUCAGGGGAUCCAGGCGGGAUGACCUCAGGCUCGGACAUGGAGGAAGACAUGGAUGACAGUGGCCUAAUAUCACUCAGAAACCUGCUUCAGAUAGAUGACAUGAAUCAGAGCUCUGUGGAGCUAAGCCCAUUCCUGUCUUCAGGGCCAGAUUGUUACCUCAGGAGCCUAGACAACCUUCUAGAGGAGAAAAGGGAACAAAUUCGGGAUGAAGAGGAGCUCCAAAGAAGCCUAGGAGAAAAGCUGCUAGUCUCCAGUUCACUCCAUUCUAUGGAGAUAGUUGAAGAAAACACAAGUAUAUUUCCUGAGAUUUACAGGUUGUUCCUGAAUAAGUUCUCUAUCCGCCAGCGCACAAUCCCAGCUGUGCAUCCUGGAGAAAGCAUCUUUGGUCCCACUCCUUACCUGAAGACUGCUCUGGCCCUUGACACCACUGGGCUGAUGCCUCAGAACCAGCUGGAAAGUCUUUUUUUCAAUUCCCAGUUUGACCAGCAGAUGGUGCUCCUCCAAGACGGCUUUCUGACCUUCCUAUACUGUGGUGGCAAAUGUCAUUGCCCCUGUCCUGUCCGGCGUUGGCUCUUCCAGCUGAUGUCUUUAAACUCGGAAGUCUCUGCAGAUGCUUUCCAAGCCCUCUGGGAAAUCACCACUCAUCAGCUCGCCUCUAAUGAUGAAGUCAAGACAGACCUUUGGUUUUCAUCACUGAAGGACAUCACUCAAGCUUUCUACCAUUUGGGAGCCUGUGCAUUUGCCUUGUACCCUGAUGGGCUUGUUCAGCUGGAAUUCAAUCCUAAAGACUUGGAGUUUUCCGAGCAUCUGCUCAAAUGUGCCAAAAUGAAGAGUCAAAACCUCCUCCAAGAAGGUUCAGGCCAGCUCACCUUGGUAGAUGUUCUUAGAGAUAUAUUUAAGUUCCUGACAUUGUGUGUGGCAUCCCAUCCGCAUGGCUACCCUGACCAUCAGCGCUUGGCCUUCCUUGCAGUGCUGUGCCGGCUCAGCCUGGAUAGGAGCCUGCGGAAGUGGCCCCUCUUGGAGCUCCAGCAGCUGCUGCUGGUCUUACUUGAAGGCAUCCGAGACUGGCAGGAAAAGCUGCUGGAAUUGUGCCAGUCCCUCUGCCAUGCCUCUCAGCACCAUCACAACUUGGUGGCAAUUGUGCACCUCAUUCCUGACACCACAGACAGGGGAAGGCAGCUACGCAGAAAUCUGAGCCUGAGCUUCAUUACAAAGCUUCUGGGAAAGAUGCACAUGGCAACAAGCCCUUGGCAAGAAGAGAUCCAGUUGCAGAAGCUGGGCGAUCUCCUCCCCCUCAUGAAGCCUGCCUUUUUGAAGAACAUGCUUCAGGCGCAGCAGAAUGGGAAUGAGCAGCAGAAGGCGCUAGCUGAGCUUGACCAGGAGGCCUGCUACCUCUGCUACAGCCUCUUGACAUUGGCCGGUGUGGUUGUGGGAACCCAGGCUAUGCCUUUGAGCAAGCAGGGACCACUUCAGCAUCUCUGCGUCCAGCUGCAGCAGCACAUUGGUGCCAGCAUCCGGGAUGACCGCUUUAUCAUGUACAGGACUGAGCUCAAGAACUUGGUUGCACAGACCUAUAUCAAGUGGCAGGAGCUGCUGUGUCAGAACUGGCUCCAGGGCCAGAGUUUAAACAUCUGAUGGGACUCGUCCCAGGGACGCAGCACUUCUCUAAGCAGCAAAGAGUCCAGCAAAGCCGGGAAGGGCAGGGCGGAGGUGUGGGAGGGGGAGCAGGGACAGCUCAGUCCUCUCAAGCCUGAAAACUUCAUCCUAAGCAGAGGCGGUUUAACAUUUGGGUUUGUAAUCUUUUUUUCUAUUUUAAAAGGAGCAAAGUUCUCAUAAAGGCUAAGCCAGUCUGCCUUUUCUGUUUGUUUAGACAACCUUGUGCCUUUAAGAAGUCUGCUUUCAAAGCAAAAGCUCAGGGAAGGAAUAUCCACCCCUCCCUGUUCAGAGGCCAAAAUAAAUGUCAUUUUUAAUGGA